CUCAACCAAAAGGCAUAUAUCUCCCCAACCCAAUGGCUGAAUCAAGUACUUCCUCUUUCCCACCACCGGCAAAAAAUGCUCCGAUCAUUAGCCCUAGCUUUUGUGCUGCUUAUCCCGUCGAUCUUUGGAUCGUUAGGAAGGUCGAGAAUAUGCAACACGGUGACUUUGCUAUCACGGACAUAAGUGGAAAUCUCGUAUUCAAACUGAAAGACUCCAACUCCCUCUAUUGUACUCAGGUCAUGCUGGAUGCUGCUGAAAAUCCCAUUAUUACAUUGGAACCCAAGCAGCAAACCACCCAUAAUAGAUGGCAAGUUUUCAAGGGAGAAAGCACAGAUUCUAGUGAUCUCUUAUUCAUAGCUAAACGAUCUUCAACUGCAAUGUUCCAAUCGAAAACAAAACUAGAUGUUUUCUUAGCAAAUAACAAAGAGCAGAAGGUCUGUGAUUUCAAGGUCGAAGGAAGUUGGUCGGAUACACCCUAUGUCUUUUAUAUGGGAGAGUCUUCCUCUGUUGUUGCUCAAAUGCACAAGAAGACCAAAGUCGAGGGCGUGUUGGAAGGAAAGAAGAAGAUGAUGGUGACAGUCUUCCCAAACCAGGAUUAUGGAUUCAUAGUAGCUCUUAUCAUCAUUCUCACCGCAAUCAACGAGUGGUAGCGGUGAUGAUGGUGCCUAUCAAAAACUGGUGGUGGCAGCAGUGGCAGCAGUUGUUGAUUGAGGUGUUAAUUUUAUUAUCAAAAUUUAGAAAUAAAGGAUCUGGAAUGUG